UUUUUCUUGUUACGUGGAACUAAACUUUCCCACAUGAUCUGCCAAACUAACAUAACAUAUUAAAUGAGCAUGUGCAUAUGGAUUUCCAUCUUCCCUCCUUUUACUAUCAACAUAUUAAACUCCCCAUAUCCAUCAUCCAUGGAUAAAAAUAAAGGAAAAGGAACCAAUACUCCUCCUGAUGAAUCCGCCGUGGUGAAGGCUGCCGCCUGGGCAUGGUACCACCACGGCUCGGGAUCAGAAGGCGGAAACUCGGCCCGGGAAUACGACGUCGCGAUGAUGGCACGACACGUUCCCCGGCCCUCUCGAUACAAACAAGAAGCCACAAAGUUAAGGGGAAAUGUUGAUCAUGAUGUUUCAUCAAAACCAACGGUAGAGUGCUUAUCACUCUUUGACUCGUACGAGCUCAGAAGAAUUUCAAUGCAGUUGGAUUCUCUUAUGGAUUGCUCUAAUGAUGAGGAAUCAUUCUCGGAUAAUGAUAGUGUUAUUAGCAGCAGUAGUAGGAAUAAAAAGAAGAUGAAUUUGAAGAAAGUGAUUAGAGGAUUUUGGGUAAGGCAUGCUGUGGCGGUGUGUAGCACUGGAGAAGAUCAAGUGGUGGACUUGAACAAGAGGCCGGGGUAUCGACACCGUCCAUCGCGACCGGUGACCCGUAUGCAUGCAUCCUCCAACAAAUCGCCCCUAGAAUUAUGAUAUCCAUGGAUGCUAUUAUUUGAUUUGAACAUAGCUACAUAUUUUGUCUAAUAAUUUCAUUGAUAGUAGAUCUACAUAUCUACACUUUUGUGUGUGCUUAAUUGUAAGAAAAAUUUAUAUAAUUUAAUUUUUACAUCAGUUAGCAAUAUUCU